GUGGAGGUCAUGGCUGAUAGUGUGUCAUUAGCAUGAGGUGCUUGCUUACUGUAAUCUAAUUCGUGUUUUCUCAUGGUUUAGAUAAUUGUUAUCUGUUUCAGUUGCUGUUUGUAAGCAGGUAUAUGUACUAAAAGAUGUCACAAGAAUCUUCAGGAUUUACGGGAGCUCAGCACCCACACGGAACCAUGCAGGGUCCUGUAGGACCAGGCUAUAUACCAACGGAGGAUGAGAAGCGAGUCUUCAGGGAGUGUAAUCAAGAAAGCUUCUGGUAUAGAUCAUUGCCGUUGUCUGCUGUGGCCGUGACAGUCACUCAGGUGCUUGUGUCCAGAGGGGUCAUUGCGCCAUCCCCUCGCUUUGGAUCAUGGCCUAAAGUUAUCAUUGCUGGCAUGAUUGGGUACAUGGGAGGAAAGAUAUCCUAUAUGAAAAUCUGUCAGGAGAAAUUUAAAAACCUUGAGAAUUCCCCACUGGGAGAAGCUUUGCGGCGAGGAAAACUACGUCAGGUUCCCGCAGAGCUGAACCAGUCAGAGUUUGGAGAUGCAGACCAGCCACCUCAGCAGUCAGGCUAUGAGCCGACAUUCCAGCCCACGCGGGACUUCCAUUCACAACCUGAAUCCUACGGCACUUACUCCAGUGAUUUCUCGUACAGUGCUCCAUCCCAGUCUAUGUAUGACUCUGUCCCUUUCAGCUCUGGACUGAGUGAAUCUGCACCCUCUGCAGCAAGAGAUAAUAUCAGUUCUCAAGUCCCACCAUUUCCUGAUGAAGAGACACCUAAAAAGAGGCCUGUCCUUUACGAGGAGCUUCGCAGUAAAAAUCGUGAGAACUAUGAAGUCACACUAACCCAGAAGGCUGAAACCCUGCUGAAACCACAGGCUGAUAUGGCAGUACCGAAAAAAGAAGUGAAAAAGAACAAGUAUGGGGACGCAUGGGAAGAGUAGCAGUUGCUGGAAAAACCCACUCGCCCAUACCUCCACUGGCAGAACAUGACUAAGACAUGUCCAAAAGGCUGCCUGACAUGUUCCCACCACUGAAGUGUUCUGAAAAGUUGCUGAUUUGAAUGUAAUGCAAACAAAUCACACCCAAGCCAAAGGUUUUGGUUGACUGCUAACUAGAAUAUGAAUGCAUUUCCAAGUUUGCUCAUUUCCUCAAGAAACGGCAAACUUUUUAGAAUAACUAGGAGUCUGCUUCAUUGAUUCUAUUGCGAUUGAAAUCAUCUUAGAAAAUAAACAUGUUUUUGUUUGUUGCUUAACCUGAAGUCUGUUAGUAUUUUGAAUCAGAUCAGAUCUGGUAAAUUGCAGGUGCUCGGUGUCUGGUGAGUCAGCUCCACUCUUGUCUACUGAAAGACAGUUCCAGCUAAUAGAUGAUCAAUGCCAUUAAAUGAAUAACAUUGUUUGAUUGAUUACAGUGUUUGUCACAUUAUAAUCACCCUUUUAAAUGUCUGUACCGCCACCUGUAUUAGCAUCUUUCCAAAAUGUGUUACCUCACAUUUUGUUCUGUUUCUCAAACAGCAAAGGAAAACCAGGAAUCCUUCUGAAGAACAUUUGACUUUAUAAA